AUGACAUUAGGAUCCACAGGAAAGGCCAUCCCUCUUGUGGGCAUGGUCACAACUGUGUAUCCUUUUGCUCCAUCAGAAACCAUGAUAGAUUCCAUUCUCACUGCAAUAGAGUUAGGUUACAGACACUUCGACUGCGUUGCUGCGUACCUGUCAGAGAAACCUCUAGGUGAAGCAAUAAAGAAAGCAGUGAAGCUGGGGCUCAUUAAAUCGAGGGAUGAGCUUUUUAUCACCUCCAAGCUUUGGUGCAGCGAUGCACAUCAUGACCGCGUCCUCCCUGCACUACAAAACACACUCAACCUGAAGCCUGGGAACUAUGAGUUGCCUGUAAAUAAGGAUGGCCACCUUCCUAUUGACUUGGGGUCUGUUUGGAAAGCCAUGGAAGAUUUUCAGAAGCUCAGCCUCACAAAGGCCAUAGGUGUAAGCAACUUCUCAUGCAACAAGCUCGAGGAGUUGCUCCAGACAGCUAGCAUCCUUCCGGCAGUCAAUCAAAUGGAGUGUGACAUCAAGGAUUUUGGAAAGCAGAAUGGUGAAUUUCAUGACCUCAUUGCUGAAACUGACUAA